GACUCACUCACAUAUAUGUAAUUGUGACUGAUUUGCAUUGUUAUAUGACCAUAACCAUCACAUAUCUUUAAGUAAUUUUCUACCAAUUAAAAAAAAAAAAAAGGAAAACUCAGCUGGUAAACCCAGGCUCUUAACCACUGUGGGUGUUUCCCCAAAAAGAAAAGUGAGUCCCAGGUUGCCAAGAGGAUGAGAUGAACAUAGCGAGGUCUUUAUUGGAUUUUGCUCUUCAGAUAUUGUUAAUCUUGCUCAGAGCCAACAGUAGGAUAGAUAAAAGCCAGAUCGAGUAAGUUGAAUAGUAAAUAGGAGGUGAUGACAGGAGACAAAUUCUAGGUAACUUGGAGAACUUCUUGUAUGGAGGAGCUAAGAAAUGGGGUGAAAGCUCAGUGGGACUCUGGGUUAAGAGAAGUUCGUUGUUUUUAAUUCUUUUAGGUGGGAGGAGCCAGAGCCUAUUCAUGUGCUUGCAGAAUAGUUGAGGAGCAAAGGGGAUGAGAGUUGGACACGACUGAGUGACUGAACUGAACUGAAAGGGGAUGAAUGAUGAAGAGGGAACAGUUAACUGAAGAUGUGGCACCUUUGAAAAAGCAACUGAAAUGGGAUCCAGGGCAAAGUGGGGAGGCCCAGGGACCCUUCAGUUAAACAGAACCAGAAACUUCACAGUGGUUUAGAAAAGGCUCUUUGAUUGCGAGGAAAAAUAUCCACAAUAGCUAAGUAGAAAGUGGCUUUUUUGAAGAUACACACUAGGUAAGCUCUUGGACAUCCAAAGUUAGGAAAUAAAGUGAAGCUGGCUUUGGUGUAGAAGCCUAUCUAGAAAAUCAUUAACUAGGUUCCCUUGUUUUGUCUCCUGUCGUAUGCCAUGGUCUUUCCUUCCUUUCUGAGUGUAUAUGUUACAUUGCCUUGCUUCUCUGCUUUCUCAUGGCUUUUCUCUUUGCUGUAGCCUCUGCUUUUACGUGGCAUUGCUGACUAACUCCAGCCCCUUGGCCCUUUCACUUCCAGUGCCCAUCAUCCAGUUGAUCAGGUUUCUCAGAGUGCUAGCUUAGUUCAUUCCAUAUUUGAAAUGGGGCAUAGUUCAUUCCGUUUUCGGUCCAUCAGCUCUGGCCAGCGGGAGGAGGAUGGGAGUCACCUUGUAGGUACUUAGGGCUGUCUCUCUCAGACUCUGAGUAAGGGGUGUAGUUGGAAAGACAAUGACUGGCGUGUUUUCCACAAGUAGAAACUUUUAAUUCAAAGUUCGGUCACAGAUAAUAUGCUCAAAUCUUUUAGUAUAAGCAGCAGCCCAGUUUGGGCUUACUUAAUUUAGAACUCAGAUUUAAUUUAAAAUUACAUUUUAUAAAGUUUAUACUUAAAAAGGAUUAGAAACUUUAAGAUGAUAAACUUAUCAGAAGUUGAAACAUACAUUUCUAAUGAACAGUUAAUCAGGUAAGAGUAUUGCAAAAAUAGUAAUAUUUAAAUUUCAACAGUAAUAUAUGCUAACUGGAAAAUUUAGAAAUAAAGGUAUAAUGCAGAAAAAAGAAAUUACCAUAUUCCCAUUGCUGAGAAAUAUAAAGUGAUAUAGAUUAAUAUUUUUUACAUCAUAACAGAUAUUUAUGUUACAGGAAAUAAGGUAUGCAGAGCGAAGUUAUGUAUCAAAACCCACUUUGAAUGAAGUGGUCAUAGUAAGUGCUACAAGAACACCCAUUGGAUCCUUUCUAGGCAGUCUUUCAUCUCUGCCAGCCACUAAACUUGGUUCCAUUGCGAUUCAAGGAGCCAUUGAAAAGGCAGGGAUUCCAAAAGAAGAAGUGAAAGAAGCAUACAUGGGCAAUGUUCUACAAGGAGGUGAAGGACAGGCCCCUACAAGGCAAGCAGUACUGGGUGCAGGCCUGCCUAUUUCUACUCCAUGUACCACUAUAAACAAAGUUUGUGCCUCAGGAAUGAAAGCCAUCAUGAUGGCCUCUCAAAAUCUGAUGUGUGGGCAUCAGGACGUGAUGGUGGCAGGUGGGAUGGAGAGCAUGUCCAAUGUCCCCUAUGUAAUGAACAGAGGAACAACACCAUAUGGUGGGGUAAAGCUAGAAGAUUUGAUUGUAAAAGAUGGACUAACUGAUGUCUACAAUAAAAUUCAUAUGGGCAACUGUGCUGAAAAUACCGCAAAGAAGCUGAGCAUUGCACGAGAGGAACAGGAUACUUAUGCCCUUAAUUCCUAUACCAGAAGUAAAGCGGCAUGGGAAGCUGGAAGAUUUGGAAAUGAAGUUGUUCCUGUCACAAUUACAGUAAAAGGUAAACCAGAUGUAGUGGUAAAGGAAGAUGAAGAAUAUAAACGUGUUGAUUUUAGCAAAAUUCCAAAGCUGAAGACAGUUUUCCAAAGAGAAAAUGGUACAGUGACAGCUGCCAAUGCCAGCACGCUGAAUGAUGGAGCAGCUGCUGUGGUUCUGAUGACCGCAGAUGCAGCGAAGAGGCUCGGUGUUAAACCACUGGCAAGAAUAGCAGCAUUUGCUGAUGCUGCUGUAGAACCUAUUGAUUUUCCAGUUGCACCUGCAUAUGCUGUUCCUAAGGUUCUUAAAGAUGCAGGUUUGAAAAAAGAAGAUAUUAGUAUGUGGGAAGUAAAUGAAGCCUUCAGUCUGGUCGUACUGGCAAACAUUAAAAUGCUAGAGCUUGAUCCCCAAAAAGUGAAUAUCAAUGGAGGAGCUGUUUCUCUUGGACAUCCGAUUGGGAUGUCUGGAGCCAGAAUCAUUGUCCAUUUGGCUCAUGCGUUGAAGCAAGGAGAAUAUGGUCUUGCCAGUAUCUGCAACGGAGGAGGAGGCGCUUCCGCCAUGCUGAUCCAGAAGCUGUAGACAAUGGCUGUGGUCUAUGGCGACAGCCCUAUGUAGCCAGAAAGGCCUGCUGUAAUCAGGGUGACUUGUGUCAGAAUAAUUGUGUCCGCCAAUAUCAGAACAAUCUAUUUAAAUUUUUAUUAUUUUCAACUCUUUUUAAAAAAUAAGGUAAAAAGAUCAAAUCCCCAAACCUUUGAGAUUGUAGUUUUUUCUUCUUCUUUACAUUUUUUAUAAUGUUGAACAGAUUUUUGUUAUAAAGCUAUACUGUUUGAAAUACCAUUGUGCAUAAUUAUAUUAGUGACUUACAAGUAGAAGCUUCCAUGUUAGAGGAAUAAAUCUUUAAUUUACAUUUUU